AUGACGUUUAAUCCUAGAGAUAUGGAUGGCUUUAUGCCUUUACUAUCAACCAGCGAUAUUAAAACUAAAAUGUUAAUUGGUAAUAAUUUAUUAACGUAUCUUGGUGAUUUAAAUAACAGCAUUGAGUGUCAAGAUAUUGGAUUAUUUAUCGAUAAUGUUAUUCCUUGGUUGAAUAAUGGAAACGCUAAGAUUGUUCAAAAUGGAUUGGAAAUACUCACACAAAUUGCAGAUCGGAUGGGACAUGAUUUUAAGCCAUAUAUUUCAUCGAUUAUUCAGCCUACAAUUGAUAGAUUAGGUGAUAGUAAAGAUCUAACACGAGAAAAGGCAAGAUUGGUACUAUUAAAGAUUCUCGAAAAAGGAAGUAUGAUACCACAAUCAUUAUUGGAUCGAAUUCAUCCAACCUUUAUUCAUAAAAAUGCUAAAUUAAGAGAAGAAUCAUUAUUAUUAUUAACAACAAUUUUGGCUGAACACGGUGCGGAUUCGUUGUCAUUAUCUUCAGUGAUACCGAGUAUUGUAAAACUCCUAUCAGACCCUAAUGAGAAAGUUCGCGAGACGGCUGUUAAUACUGUUGUCAAUAUUUAUAGACACGUUGGUGAAAGAUUUCGUAAUGAUUUACAACGUAAUCAUAACUUACCUUCCGCAAAGUGGCAAUUACUGGUUGAAAAAUUUGACCAUAUUAGAGCUGAAGGCGAUCUUUUUCCACAUGCUAACGCAAUGGAUGUUGGGAGAGAUACCGAUGAGCUUGAUAGAGUGGUAAGAUCUGCACCAGCGAAAAAAAUAAAAAGUGUUUUACCAAAAAAAAGCCAGUUUGGACCGAGUGUUAAAAUACCAUCAAUAGGAUCUAAGUUAAAUGACCGAACAAAUUCAGGUAACGCUGGAGCAGUUGACGAAGAAUCAUUUUCCAAUGCAUUCGAAGAUGUGCCUCAGGUACAUCUAUUUUCAGCCAAAGAUCUCGAGGAGCAUUUUAAAACAAUACGUGACAUUAUUGGCGAUGACAAAAAAGAUUGGAACCAAAGAAUCGACCAUCUUAAAAAGAUACGUGGCUUAGUAAUGGCUGGUGGAGCAUCCUACGAGAACUUUAUGGAAUUGUUAAAAAGUAUACAAAACCCAUUUGAGGGUGCUUGUACUGAUUUGAGAUCUCAAGUUGUCAAAGAAGCGACUAUUACGCUCGCUUAUCUAAGUCGACAGUUAAAAAAUAAGAUUGCUCAGUUUGUGGAAGGUUUACUUGGGCCGGUAAUGAAUCUUAUACAAAACAGUGCCAAGGUUGUGUCAUCAUCCGGAGCAGUAGCAUUACGGUUUAUAUUCCAACAUACACACAGUGCGAGAUUUAUUCCAAUACUUACUGCAUUUUUUACAAGUAAAAGCAAAGAUAUACGAAGAGCUGCUUGCGAAUAUGUUAAUCUGAUAUUACAGACCUGGUCAACGUCAUUAUUACAAAAGCAUAUUAAAAUAUUACAAGAUGCUAUUGGUAAAGGGAUUGGCGAUCCUGAUGCUGAAGCCAGGUCUCAUGCAAGAAAAGCAUUCUGGGCCUUCCGAGAUCAUUUUCCUGAUCAAGCAGAAAUGCUACUGAAUACCAUGGAUGCGUCGCACAAACGGAAUUUAUUAUCUCAAAGCAAUAGCGGUAGUGUAAAUAGUUUGAAUGCUGUGGUAAGAACACCAAGUAUCCCACCAAGAUCCACGCGACCGACUAUGAGUGCAGCAGGCAGUACGGAAAAUUUACAUCAGACUCAAAGUCCGCCAUAUGGACCGCUUAAACGGACACCAUCUCUACCACGAUCUUAUCGUCAGUCUGGAAUUCCAGUUCUACAAAGACCAACUGACAAUUACUGUCGAGUAUCACCAGGACCUAGAUCGAAUAGUGCAAUAGACCUUCAAGCUGCUCGGCGUGCACAAUCAAGAUUAAAGUAUGCUAGUAUUAAUCGUACUAAAGCAACUACAGUUCGACCAGUAGCAAAACAAGUUGAAACAAAUUUGUUCACAAGUCCUGAAAGAUCUGCAAGAACGAAAACACGAGUCUCAGGAGUUUCACAAUCUCAACCAAGCAGUAGAUCAUGUUCACCAGCAUCACGAAUGUCUUACGCGUCUUAUAGUCGUGAAGGCGACUCAUUUAUUGCUCGACCAAGACGACUUUCUGGUCAGGGAAUGCGUAGCACAGAAACAAGCCGUGAUCCUAGUCCUCAGCGGUUUGGCUUAGAUCGUAGUGUCAGUUCUAAAUUACGUGAACGUAAUUUAUAUAUGUCACCGCGACCACCUGUGAUGGCUCAAAAAAUGUUACAGCAAUCACAAGCUGCGGAAUCAGCUCUUGCUGAUGCAUUGACUUUCGAUCGUGAUCAUCAUCCAAAAACACCUAAUAGAAAUAAGGGUGAUCAAAGCGAUGACAGUGAAACUAGUAAAAUAAUUGAAUGGUGUGGACGCAAGCAAUGGGGAGAACGUAAGGAAGGAUUAAUGGAUUUGCAACAAUUUUUGAUAAAUGGAAAUACAUUGACUGCGACAGAGUUGCGUCAAAUAACGGAUAUUUUUACAAAAAUGUUUAUGGAUUCACAUACCAAAGUAUUCAGUUUAUUUUUGGAUACACUUAAUGAGCUCAUAAUAACUCAUAGUGAGGAUUUAGUGGAUUGGUUGUAUGUUUUAUGCACGCGAUUACUCAACAAACUGGGAAUGGAUCUUCUUGUGUCAAUUCAAACAAAAAUUAAUCGAUCACUUGAUGUUGUUAAAGAAAACUUUCCUAGUGAACAAUUGUUGCCGGUAGUGAUGCGUUUUCUAACUGACCCCGCACAUACUCCGAAUUCUCGAGUAAAAGUAGCGACUCUUACCUUUUUAACUCACAUAGCUGACAACGCAGAGCCUUCAUCAUUAACUCCAAGCUGUAAAUCUGCACUCGUACGUUUAUUAGAUUGGACCAGUGACAUGAAGUCUCAGGAAGUUCGUCGUCACGCAUCAGAGGCCAUAAUUGCUCUGUAUAAUCUCAAUCCACCUCUGUUCCCAAUGUUGUUGAACGAACUUCCAAAAAUGUAUCAGGACACCGCAAUGCCUUUAAUUCAAAAUCAUUUAAAACGAUCACCAGCUUCAAAUCCAGCAUCACCAAGCGGUCAAUUACCAAGAGUACCUCAAUCUCCAGCUCGAACAGUAAUACGUCAUGAUUUAGAAUCAGACGAUCACUUGAACCCCGAAGAAGUUUAUAAAUCUCUACGACGUACAACAGCUGAGAUUCAAAAUUAUGGAUUUGAACGUAUGGAAGGUGCAACUUCAAGCAAAGAUUCUGGUAUAAGUAAUAUGGCAGAUGUUGAAGAAAAAAUAGAAAGUUUAACUUUGUCUAACUCUGGAAGAUCAUCAUCCGUUUCAUCGCCAACUCAACGUGGCCGCAGUGUUGGCUCCAUUACUGUUAACGGUUCAAGUGAUACAAUUGCCGGUGAUUUAAUAUUACCUGAUCGGCGUAAUAAUGGGUACGAAACCCAUAACGUUGCUGGUGUAUCACCAGAACUUCCACGUGGACCGGAAGUCUUUGAACGAACAUUAAGACUACUCCAAAGUUCCGAAACACAGACGCUGGAUAAAGCUAAUGUUUUAAGAGAUUUUCAAAUUUACAUUCGUGAUGGUGAUGGCGCAAAGUAUGUGAUAACACAAUUUAAAAAACUACUUAAAACAAUGCUCGAUUGUUUAGCAUUAGAUGAUAAAAGUCUGGAAAUAGAAGUGUUGAAAACUUUAAUUGAAAUGCUUAAGUGUCGUGAUUUGACAAACUAUUUUGAUGAUUUCGCGGAUUUAUUAAUUUUAAAAGUAUUAAAUGAACAUAAAUCGGAUGCCUAUGAAGGUUCAAGCAGCAGUCCACGACGAGGUAACUCCAGCGCUCAUUGUGCUAAACCUCUUCAAUUAUUAAAAGCUGCUGAAGACUGUGCAGCGAUGAUUGCUGCUGUUUUACCACCACACAAAACAAUUCAUUUAGCUUUAACUACUGCGAAAACGGAACCAUUCCCAAAAAAUGUCGCGGCUAUUAAGAUGAUACAAAAUGUUGUCGAACAUCGAGGAAAAGAUGCGCUUGGAGCACUAAUUGAUGACGUUAUGGGAACGCUCAUGCAGGCAUACGAGAAUCCAGAAAGCGUUGUACGAAAAGCAGCAGUAUUCUGUAUGGUAGCGAUUCAUGCAGCGAUUGGUGAAGAAUCAUUUAAUAAGUACCGGAAAAAUCUUUAUGGUGCACAAGAAGCCGUUCAGGCGUCAUCGAGUCCGAGAACCAGUGGUCGAUGUAUUUUCCAGUUUCAUCAAUAG